CUCACAAUUUACACAUGCGCUGAGGCGGUCGCUCGCGUUUUACGCGUCAUAAUUAUUCGUAGUUUGACGUAGAAUCCUCGUGUCUAGUUUCGGAGAUCGUAAAAAUGCUAACUGAAAGUGACUCAACCUUAUAACUACCACGCACAGAAAAGUUUUCAUACGGCUCUACAUUUAGUUGUACGAAAUAACGAAUCUCAUACCCACGUGAGUUUUAUUAUCAGUGUUAGUGAUUGAUUUUUGCGGCAUGGGUGAAGAAACUCAAGCCGGUGAUGGAAAAGUUACUUUAAAACGCAAAAUUACUCUGUUCAAUGGUGUCGGAAUAAUUAUAGGCACGAUUAUUGGCUCUGGAAUAUUUAUAUCGCCGACAGGAGUUUUCCGCGAAACGAAAUCGGUAGCCGUGUCCCUCAUAAUAUGGCUGGCUUGCGGGUUAUUGUCAACUCUAGGAGCUCUAUGCUACGCAGAACUCGGCACCUCGAUCUCAAGGUCGGGGGGUGACUACGCAUACAUCUACACGGCGUUUGGCCCACUUCCCGCCUUCCUGAGGAUGUGGAUCGCGUUGCUGAUCAUCAGACCGACCACGCAAGCGAUCGUAGCGCUGACUUUUGGCCAGUACGUGGUGAAGCCAUUCUUCCCUGAUUGUAAGCCGCCUGAUGAUGCUGUGAAAUUGCUGGCCGCUGUCUGCUUAUGUGUACUGACUGCCGUCAACUGCAUCAGCGUGCGAUGGACCAUGCGCAUCCAGGACGUCUUCACCUCAUCCAAGCUGCUAGCGCUGAUCGUCAUCAUCUUGUCAGGAAUCUACUACAUUUGUAUUGGACACACAGAAAACUUCCAGGAACCCUUCGAGGGUCAAUUUAGCGCGGGAAGCAUUGCUUUAGCCUUCUACUCCGGUCUCUUUGCUUUCGGUGGUUGGAACUACCUCAACUUUGUGACUGAAGAGCUUCAAGAUCCAUACAAGAAUCUCCCGCGCGCAAUAUGGAUCGCUAUGCCAAUGGUGACCAUUAUCUACGUGAUGGCGAACUUGGCCUACUUAGCUGUCAUCUCUAAACAGGAGAUGAUAUCGAGCACAGCUGUUGCUGCGAUAUUCGGCGAUCGUCUCUUCGGUGGAUGGAGCUGGAUGAUACCGGUGUUCGUAGCGUUGUCCACGUUCGGAGGCGUGAAUGGUGUACUCUUCACCUCCGCGCGUCUCUUUGCCACCGGCGCGCAGGAGGGACACAUGCCGGGGUUCUUUACGCUGUUCCACAUAGACAAGCAGACACCGAUUCCGUCGCUAAUAUUUACUUGCUUCUUUUCACUGCUAAUGCUGACAAACAGCAACGUGUUCGACCUCAUUAACUAUUUCUCGCAAACCUUGUGGCUGUCGGUCGGCGCGUCGGUCGUGGGCAUGCUGUGGUUGCGUCGGACGAAGCCCGACAUGCCACGGCCCAUCACAGUCCACCUCGCCAUCCCCUAUAUCUUCCUCAUCGCCAUCGCCUGCCUGGUCAUCAUCCCCGCCAUCACCAACCCCACGGACACUGCCAUCGGCCUAGCCAUACUGUUAUCUGGUAUACCAGUAUAUUACGUUUGCGUCAAAUGGAAAACGAAACCCUACUGCUAUGAUGCUCUCUCAGGGUGUGUUCUUAGAUUCCUACAGAAGCUAUGUUCGUGUAUUUAUGUAGAUUCGCCCGAAAAAAUGUCUGAUUUUAAAUAAAUACUUAUAUCUACCUAAUGUUAAUGUUAUAUGUGAAUAUGCAUUUAUAUUUGCUGGCAAAUAACUUGGACAUUCGUUAGAAAUCAACAUCAAUUUCAGAUAUUUUUUUAUAAUAAAAACUAGAGGACUGAAUUUAUUAUUGUUACAAAAAAUGUAAUAAAUGAGGAACCGGUCGACGGAUUUUGUGCAAACUUCAUCUACUCGUACUAAAUAGUUCGUACGAAUAAAGCCUAAACAUUAUUAUAAUUUGAUAAAACAUAAUUAUUAUUUGGUUUGGAUAGGGGAGCCCGUUCUUGAGUAGGUACAUUACAACGAAAAGUGGCAUUGAUUUUUAUAUAAUAAAAAUAGUUUAAUAAGGCUGGAUAAAAACUUACCUAAGGUUUUUAAUUUAUUUUUAAAUUAUUAUCUUUAUACUUACACGUAUAUUAGGAAAUAUUUAUUUAUAUAUUAAUAAUAUUGCAAUAAGACGUAUUUAAAGAGAAUUUUAAAAUGCUUACAAUUAUCUUGGAAAAUCCUAAUUCAUGGGUGUUCUAAGUUAAUAUACCGAUAAUAAUGUUGUUAUUUGUUCCUAUUGUAAGUACACUGUUCAAUUUAUUUGCCGGCAUUUGUAUACGUACUUGGUAAAAAUGUAACACUUAUUUAUUGACGUAUUCUAGCAGAGCUUCUAUGAAUAUUGGACCAAUAUAAUGAAUAUCAGUGCGAGUGAUUGUGUAAUAAUAGAUUUAAGGAUAUUUAUUGCAUGCCAGUUGCUUUAAUUUUCAAGAUGAUUACGAAACGCGUAUUGCAUUUGUGUUUUUUUAAACAUGAAGGUAUUUUUAAGCAAAAUAACGAAAUGUAUUUAGUUAAAUAUAUAUUUUUAUACAUACAGCUGAUAAAUAAUUAGUUCUUGUUUCAAGUAUAAUACUUUUACGACCAUUGACUUAAAUUUAGCUAAUAUAUUUUACUGGGAGCCUUAGUGAUCCGCUUGACAUGACGUCAUGACAAAUCCAAAAUGGUUGACAAGCGUAGACUGAGAAAGUAAUAGUCAAAUUUUUCCUACCAUUCCCUCAAAAAAAGAAAACGACUUAUGUAUUUUUUUUUUUUUUUAUUCUUUACAAGUUAGCCCUUGACUACAAUCUCACCUGAUGGUAAGUGAUGAUGCAGUCUAAGAUGGAAGCGGGCUAACUUGUUAGGAGGAGGAUGAAAAUCCACACCCCUUUCGGUUUCUAUACGGCAUCGUACCGAAACGCUAAAUCGCUUGGCGGUACGUCUUUGCCGGUAGGGUGGUAACUCGCCACGGCCGAAGCCUCCCACCAGCCAAAUGCGACUUGCGACUUGGUGCGACUUGGUUAUUGGUUUAGAAACUUACAUAAACCAAUGUUAAACACAAAAUUAAAGCCUUCAACUUGGUGUAAAAUAUAAUUAGAAAAAUAUUAUACUUAUUAGUGAAAUAUUGUACAAGAAAAAAAAAAUGGACCCGGUAAAAUAAAUGGACAUUUUAGUAUUAUUUAUGUUUUGUAAUACAUUAUAAUAAAAUCGCGUAGAUUGGUCUGAGAUCAGGCUCGACAAAGACAAAGACAAUAAUCUCGAUGUAGUCAAGCUUGUGAUUUUGGAAUAGUCGUGUGAGAAUGUACCUAAUAGGUAGGUGAUAUUGUGAAAAUAAAAAUAAAAUUAUGAUUAGUUAGAUAAUUCAUACAUGAAAAUAGUUUAUACAGCAUUAUUAUGUAUUUUUAUUUAUUGUACAAUAUUAAAAUUGUGUAAUAUGUAUUUGUUAAGCAUUACCAUGUAUUUGUAAUUAACAGACAGAUUUUAGAAACUUCUGUCAUCUGCAUAGAAUUAUAAAAUCGUAAAUCUAUGGUCAUCUGUGAUUCUGAGAUUUGUGGCACUGACGCAUUAAGCUGAUAAAACUUGAUUAUUACAUAAUAGUCAUUUUUUUAAAGAAUUUCGACUAAUCCUUCCAAUGCUCUCUUAUAAUAAAUGUUAAAUAAAGUACCUAUAAUAUA